AUGGGGUGUGUUUUUGGGAAAGAGGUUCAGUCAAGCGGCCCACCUGGCAGUGAUUAUGUUGUCAGGGAGAGAGAAAGUAAGGGUGGCGAGAGAAACUUGUCGGUCCCAUCCAGGAGGAAAGAGAGGGAAGUGGUUAGCUCCGUAAGUAAAUCGGAUGCUGAGAGUAAUGCCGGUGUCCGUGAAGCUCAAAAUGGCCGGGAAGAGAAAAAUGAAGAACCCAAGGAUGAGGGCUCACGUAGACCAAGGGGAGAAAGACGGAGGUCGAGGCCAAAUCCGAGACUGAGCAAUCCACCUAAGCAUAUUCACGGAGAGCAAGUGGCUGCCGGGUGGCCAUCUUGGCUCUCAGCUGUUGCGGGUGAGGCCAUUAAUGGGAUGUCGUGUAGCUUGUACCUUGUGUUUGAUUACAUGGAGCAUGAUUUGGCUGGGCUUGCCUCCAGCCCGAGUGUCAAGUUUACAGAGUCACAGGUGAAAUGCUACAUGCAUCAGCUUUUGUCGGGACUUGAGCACUGCCACAACCGCCAUGUGUUGCAUCGUGAUAUUAAGGGUUCUAACCUUCUUAUUGAUGAUGGUGGAAUUCUUAAGAUUGCGGAUUUUGGGUUGGCAUCGACCUUUGACCCUAAUAACAAGCAGCCAAUGACGAGCCGUGUGGUCACCCUUUGGUACAGGCCACCGGAGCUGCUUCUUGGUGCCACCGAGUAUGGUGUGGGUAUAGACUUGUGGAGUGCUGGGUGCAUUUUGGCCGAGCUAUUUGCUGGCAAGCCCAUCAUGACAGGGAGGACAGAAGUGGAACAGCUGCACAGAAUUUUUAAGCUCUGUGGUUCUCCAUCAGAUGAAUAUUGGAAAAAGUCAAAACUCCCUCAUGCAACUAUAUUUAAACCCCAACAUUCAUAUAAACGAUGCAUAAAGGAAACAUUUAAAGAGUUUCCGGCCUCAGCAUUGCCUCUAAUCGAUACUCUACUUGCAAUUGAUCCAAGCGAGCGACUGACUGCUACAAGUGCCCUGAACAGUGAAUUCUUUAGUACCGAGCCAUAUGCAUGUGAUCCUUCUAGUCUUCCAAAGUAUCCACCAAGCAAGGAAAUGGAUGCUAAGCGUCGUGAUGAGGAAGCUCGAAGGUUAAGAGCCGCUGGUAAAACCCACACAGAUGUGGUAAAGAAAACACGUACUCGUGAUCGGGGGAUGCGGGCCAUGCCUGCACCUGAAGCCAACGCUGAGCUUCAAGCCAAUAUUGAUAGACGACGGCUAUUCACCCAUGCAAAUGCUAAGAGCAAAAGUGAGAAGUUUCCUCCUCCCCACCAAGACGCAGGAAUAGGCUUCCCAUUGGGAUCGUCCAAUCACAUAGACCCAAAUUUCGACCCACAAGACGUGCAUGUGCCGUUUACUUCCAUGAAUUUUUCAUAUGCCAAAGAGCCAAUCCAGACAUGGUCAGGCCCAUUGGUCGAUCCUUCUUCCGUAAAGAGAAAAUCGAAGCCCUCUAAGAAAGAUCACCGCAAGGCCAGAGAUUAA